AUGGGUGGAAGUGAAUUCGUUUGUAUGCGUUGGCCACGAGUCAAGGCGGCCGAGAUAUCUGCUGGUGUGCAUCGUACAGUACCGCACCGCAACAUACAACACUGUACAGGUUUCGAUGCCAGACCGGAGAGCUCCGUAUGCAUUCUCUGUCAGAUGGAGGACUCACUCACGGUUGCCAUACCUCCUGCACGUACGCACCGUCCCGUCUGCUGCCGGGUCUGGGGGCGAAGCAACAGCCUGUCUUGUCCCUCAGAACUCACACAAGCGUGCCGGGAAUAUGGACAGGGUGGCCACCGUGGUUGCUGCAGCGGCCAGGGUGAUCAUCGGCCGGUGGUUGUCGACCACCUAUUCGAUCUCACGGCGACGCAUCGCCUGGGCCAAGGUUGUAAGGUACUUCGUCGCAAGCAUCCGAUCAGCGAAAAGUGA